AUGUCUCGUUAUUACUAUAAUAUUGCUACUGACAAAUGCGAACUUUUCAGUUUUGGUGGAUGUCCCGGAAACGGCAACAAUUUCGAAACUUUACAGGAAUGUUGCGAUGAGUGUCAUGCAACAAAUUUGGAAUGUCAACAAUCCAAAAAAUAUAUACAGGACAUUAUCGACAGUCAAUUAAAACCAAGUGAAAAAAGCAUUGAAAUGUGUAAAACAUCAAAAGCUAUGAAUACAGAAGUGGUUUGCAUCGUUAUGUUAAUUAUUUCCAUCAAUACCGAUGCCACAAGAUAUAAUAUACCAAUAAAGUGUCAUCUUCAGCCAGAUUCAGGACUAUGUCUCGCAGACAUGCCUCGUUAUCAUUAUAAUAUUGCUACUGACAAAUGCGAUCUUUUCAGUUAUGGUGGAUGUCCCGGAAACGGCAACAACUUUGAAACUUUACAGGAAUGUUGCAAUGAGUGUUCUGCAACAAAUUUGGAAUGUGAACAAUCCAAAAAAUAUAUACAGGACAUGAUCGACCGUCUAUCAAGACCGAGUGGAAAAAGCAUUGAACUGUGGCAACAUAUAUAUCUGCGUGUCACGUCUAUGAAUACAGAAGUGGUUUACGUCGUUAUAUUAAUUCUUUGCAUCAAUACCGAUGCCAUAGAAAGACCAGUGGACUGUCAAUUUCAGCCAGAUCCAGGACCAUGUAACGCAACAAUGCCUCGUUAUUAUUAUAAAAAAUUUACUAGUAAAUGCGAACUUUUCAUUUAUGGUGGAUGUGGCGGAAACAGCAACAAUUUCCAAUCUAUAAUGGAAUGCUGCCGUUUUUGUUUUCCAAUAUCAAAUGCUAUGAAUACAGAAGUGGUUUGCAUCGUUAUAUUAAUUCUUUGCAUCAAUACCGAUGCCACAAGAUAUAAUAUACCAAUAAAGUGUCAUCUUCAGCCAGAUUCAGGAUGUCUCGCAUACCUGCUUCGUUAUUAUUAUAAUAUUUCUACUGACAAAUGCGAACUUUUCGGUUAUGGUGGAUGUUUCGGAAACGGCAACAAUUUCGAAACUUUACAGGAAUGUUGCGAUGAGUGUUCUGCAACAAAUUUGGAUUGUAAACAAACCAAAAAAUAUAUACAGGACAUGAUCGACCGUCAACCAAAACCGAGUGGAAAAACUAUGAAUACAGAAGUGAUUUGCGUCGUUAUAUUAAUUCUUUGCAUUUAUACCGAUGCCUUUGGAAAUAAAGUACCAAUAAACUGUCAUCUUCAGCCAGAUGAAAGACCGUGUAGCCAUACAAGGUUUAGUUAUUAUCAUAAUAUUUCUACUCGUAAGUGCGAACUUUUUCGUUAUGGUGGAUGUCUAGGAAACGGCAACAAUUUCGAAUCUUUACAGGAAUGCUGCGAUCGUUGUUCUGCAAUAAAUUUGGAAUGUGAACAAAUCCAAAAAGAUAUACAGGAAUUGAUAGACAGUCCACCAAGACCGAGUGGAAACAGCACUGAAAGGUGGACUGGAGAUAGGGGUCAAAACGAAGAAAGACCAACAGACUGUCUAUUUCAGCGAGAUCCAGGACCAUGUACCGGAACAAUAGAUAAAAGACCAACAGACUGUCUAUUUCAGCGAGAUCCAGGACCAUGUACCGGAACAAUAGAUAGUUAUUAUUAUAGAAUUUCUAAUGGUAGAUGCGAACGUUUCGUUUAUGGUGGAUGUGACGGAAACAGCAACAAUUUCCAAACUUUACAAGAAUGCUGCGACUUUUGUGUUUCAAAAAGACCAACAGACUGUCUAUUUCAGCGAGAUCCAGGACCAUGUACCGGAACAAUAGAUAGUUAUUAUUAUAGAAUUUCUAAUGGUAGAUGCGAACGUUUCGUUUAUGGUGGAUGUGACGGAAACAGCAACAAUUUCCAAACUUUACAAGAAUGCUGCGACUUUUGUGUUUCAAAAAGACAAAAGGUAUGUAAUCUUCGGCCUGAUAAAGGACCAUGUCACAGAUUAACACUUCGUUUUUAUUAUAAUGUUUUUACUCGUGGUUGCCUGCUAUUCGUUUAUGGUGGAUGUGGCGGAAACAGAAACAAUUUCCAAAAUUUAGAGGAAUGCCGCCGUUUUUGUGCUCCAAUUAAUAUGUAG